UAAUAUUUUCUCUUUUUUGAAUGCCAUCCAGUGCUAUGUAGGUUUGGUUUGAUUGUGGCCGCUGUCAAUCUUCGUACAAGCAAUUUAGUAACGGUUUAAAUUUAGCGUCUCCUCAUCUAAAGCCCUCCCCAAACCUAGGUAUCAUCUCAAAGCGUCAAUAGAUAGAGUUAUGGAGGGCACUCAAGAAGUGAAGGUCCCAAUUGAAGCCAUUCAAGUCGUAGAUCCCGAGGUCAUAGCCAAACUUCCCCACGGGAUUCGAGUCUUGACGAUCGCCGCUCAUGGCGCUAGUUUCUGGACUCGCACGGCUCGUCUCGAUGUCGAGGAGGACGGGACGCGCAAGGCGUAUUUCCUUAAGACCACGUACGGCGAGCUAGGCAGGGAAAUGAUGUCCAGCGAGUUCGCGUGCAUGUCCAAGGUCCGCGGCGUCGCGCCGGACCUCGUGCCCGAACCGGUAGCAUGGGGUUCGUACGUCGGGAUACCGCACGUGCAUUUCCUGGUGUGCGAGUUUCGGCCCAUGACGGGCGAAGUCCCUGCCGCCGCCGAUCUCGCCCGCAAGAUCGCGGAGCUGCACCGCAAGAGCAGCGUCGGCGGCGCGGAAGCUAAGUUCGGGUCUGACGUGCCGACCUUCCACGGCAACGUGCGUGUCGAGCACGGCUGGUCCCAUACCUGGGAGGAGUACUUCGCGAGGACAACGCGGGCUCUUUUCGAGCUUGAGUUGGAGACUCGGGGAGAUGAUAUAGAUGUCGUAUCGAACAUGAUACCUCUCUUCGAAAAGGUCAUACCGCGGCUCCUCAGACCGUUGCAGACGGGCAAUCACUCUAUCCGGCCGUGUCUCAUUCACGGAGAUCUAUGGCAUGGUAACACGGGAAGCGAUGCAGAGACCGGCCUUCCUAUCAUAUUCGAUGCUGCAUCGUUUUACGCCCAUAAUGAGUAUGAGCUCGGUGUCUGGCGACAGCCAUGGAAUAAGAUUAAUAAGGCCUACCGAGAGGAAUACCAUAAGCACUUUCCUAAGUCAUGGCCCGAGGAAGACUUUGACGAUCGGAAUGCCUUGUAUGCGAUUCGAGUUAACCUCCUCGACUCCAUACUAUAUAAGGACGACCCGAGCUAUCGACAGAUGUUGAUCUCGGGUAUGCGCGAUCUCGUCGAUAAGUUUCCUGGUGGUUUCCAGGAAUGGGAAGCGUCACAGGCUAGGAGUGACGACCAGUCGACGUAGUUGCAUCGCAUUUCCGCGACGUCUAAUACAAGGUGCAUACGGCGCGAAUAUGUGACCUUCCUCGACGAGACUCAAAGGACCCUUUGCCUGUUCAGGUUUGGAAGGUCAUCUUCAUUACGACAAGC